GGAAGUCAGCAACUAUCUGAAAUGUUGUGACGGACACUUGUUCAGGAUUUCAUUGUUUUCUAGUCAAGAGAUUGAUAAGAUCGUUGGCGUUAAUUUGGCGGACAGCGGUGUCGGUAUUAUUAUACAUGUACCCAUUGCUGGAGACCAACGAUUGCAAUCUGAAAUGGACUCGAACGUGACCCAGGACAAUCUUAAUCCAUCAGUGUACGAUUUAACAGAUGGAGGUUCUUUGGUGGAACUCUAUAUCGAAGGCGUGUUAUUGUCAAUAAUAUCCAUUUUGGCGAUAGGAGGAAAUACAUGCAUAUGGAUAAUAAUAUGUCGGUCAAAAGAACUCCGGACGGUGACCAACUUCUUUAUUCUCGGUCUAACAACGGCGGACUGGCUUGUGUCUGUUUGUAACAUGCCUGUCACUGUUAUAACACUGUUUGGAGGGGGUACAUGGCCUCUGUCGUCGGAUGCCUGUGUGCUGUUUGGAUUCAUAAAUAUGUUGACUUUAGUCACAAGUGUUCUGUCACUAUGUAACAUCAGCAUUAACAGGUAUGUCAUGGUGUGCAAGCCGAUUUACUUCAGGAAAAUUUACACAAGACGAAAUACAGCAUUAAUGAUAACGGCCUGUGUGACACUUUCCGUGACGAUAUCUCUACCUCCCCUGUUCGGCUGGUCGACGUACGACUUCAUACGAGUACAAUCGUUUUGUUUCUGUGACUGGACGGUGGAACCUUCGUACGCCUUCUUCAUGAUCAUUUGUUGUUUUGGGGUCCCAUUUUGUGUGAUGACGAUUUGCAAUAUACUGAUAUUCCGCACCGUCAGAGCUAGCAAGAGAAAACUGGUACCUCAGGCCCCAAAGUCGUCGAACAAUCCCAACAGCUGUCAAACCAUACCAGAGAAAUCCUCCGAAGAAAACAUAGAAUCUACGAAACAAACAUCCUCGGAGAACUUUUUAAAAGUACCGAAUGGUCUCGCUGUGGAAAAAAUAUCGGCUUAUGAUGACACUUCGACAAUAUCCUCAAAUGAAAAGGCGCAAUUAAGUAAAAGUAAAACAAUCGAACCAUCAGACAUUAGUGCCAGUUCAAGUACUCCAAGUGUAGGCGUUACCGUAGAUAAAAUGUCCACGUCAGAGCUUAUCACUGUUUAUCUGCCUGCCGACGAAUCAAAAUCAAAUUAUGAAAAAACGUCAAACAGUAAUUGUAAAUACAAUGUAAGUAUGACAACAGCAAGUGGAAAAACUAUCAAAAAGCACAAAAUAUUUCGAAUCCACAGGAAAAGCAAGCACGGGAAAGCUCGAGCUGACGAGAUUCGCCUAGCAACGGCGUUAGCUGUGGUUGUGGUGACAUUCUUCUGCUGCUGGUUUCCUUACUGUAUAAGCAUGGUACUGUCUAUGUUCGGCCCGGCCGGGGUCCCUAGGGGUCUACAUAUGACCACUCUGCUAGUCGGAUACCUUAACAGUGCCUGUAACCCUAUCAUAUAUGGCGUCAUGAACAAGAAGUUCGGGGACGGCUUUAAAAGACUUUUAUGUUCGUGUAGAAAGUGACAACAUUGUUCGCUGCAGCUAACUCAAUUCUAUUUUGAUAGUUUGUACGUGACCAAUAUGAAACAAGAAAAGACAACUCAGGUGUUUGAUCCUUAACCAUAGAACCAGCGUUUUAUUUUUGAAUGUGCAUGAUUGCUAAAGUCAGAGGAGAUAUUCCAAGUAUGGGUUUGGUUUAAUACGUGGCGGCAUAUUCCGAGUUUCCUCUGACCCUGACACCAGACUAAGAUAUUGACAUCUUUCUGUCAAAAUGUCUAAGUCUGGUGUCAGGGCAAGAAAAAGUUGGGGCUAGUGGCGACAAUACCAAGGGCCACGUACUUGUGUCAGGAGUUUGUUGUUUUUGACGUUUAGAUAGCCAUAAGUUAAAAUAAGGCGCAUGAAAUCACGAAUAAGUUGACUUGUCAGUGGAAAUACUACAAAUGCAUUCGUGAUUUGUGAUUAGUCCGGCAAGGACGUUGUUUACUCAAGAGAAACAAAUAAUUAUGUAAUAACUCAAGCAUUUUGUGACCAGAAAGAAUGAUCUAAUAACAAAAUGCAUGAUGAAAUUCAUACUGUGUAAUUUAGUCAAGGGAGAAAAUCCAAACGUAUGUGCAAAAUUGGAAAUUAUUGAAAAGUUUCAUUUUUGUAUUGUUCUACGGCCUAUCCACGGGUAUUUAUUUAGAAUAGGGGGUGGGGGUGGUUAACUAUAACUUUACAAACGUCAUUGUGUAGUAUGUGUAGAGUAUAUCCCCCUUUAGUUCGGGCGGAUUUAUGUGGCCCAUCAACAUGUUAAGUCAUUUUUCGACAUUUUUGGGUAACUCGGACAAUAUGUACCCUAAUAAGAUCAUCCCAGCAUUAUUGAAAUCAAAGAAGAUUACACAUAACGGCGUUAAAUCAAGCCAGGUCUGUAUUGUGUUUAGGAAAAAAAUCAUGAAGUCUGUAGUCAGGGGAAAUAAGUGUAGCAUGCAUGGUAUAUUGGAAGAUGAAAUAGCGCAUGAUCAUAGUAAAUCAGGGGGGAUAACCAAAGCAGUAUGGUAUCAAUGAAAGAAACACAAAGUAUGGUUAAGGCAUGGAAUAUCAUAUCCCAGCAGUAUAUAAUCAACGCAGACAACUAAAGCAAUCAACUAUCAAGGGAGAUAACACAUGAAGCACACAAUCAAAACAUAUAUCUUAUGAAACAUAUUGUCAAGGGAAAUAACUCAUUAAACAUAUAAUUGUGUUAAGGGCGAUAGCUCAAAUAUCGAAUUCAAGUAGAGAUUUUUCAAGCAGUUUAUGCAAUCAAGCAAGAUUCCUCAAUCAGUUCACAAUCAAGAGAAUAGCUCAUGCAGUAUAAAUGUAACUAUUAUUGAUAAAUCAGGCAGAACAUAAUCCAACAAAUAUUUAAUCAAGGGAAAUAACUCGAACAUUUUAUUAUCAAGGAAGAUAAUUCAAGCAGUAUAAUCAAAUAAAAUAACCGAGAUGACUCAUGCAUGUAUAAUCACGGAAACUAACCAAUGUAGUAUAACUAUUAUCAGUGUAAUAUUUCAGGGAAUUCACAAACAAGUUAGAUAGCACAAUGUAUAAUCAGUGGUCUUUGAUUGAAAAAGAAAUCCCAAGGGAGAUAACUCAAAAGACAGGGGAGAUAAGCCGAUCAUGUACAUUUAUGCAUCCAUAGGGCAUACUUAAGAGGUAGAAUCAAGCAUUAUGCAUUCAACAAUAUGUUCACAAUGUGAUCAAGGGCGAUUACCUAAAUGAAUGACUGUGAUAGGAUCAAUGUAAAUGAAAAAAGAAAACAAAAGGAUCACCGGUCCUUUCCGUAUAACGCCUUUAUCCGUAAUUGCCUUCCUGGAAUUCCUAAUUGUAUAUUACAUGUGUUGCAUCGAUUCCAUGUAAUAAGUAGUUCAUGUUGUUUUAUUACCUAGUUCUUGAAUCGACAGUGUCUUUGUAUAUAUAUUAUUCAUAUUUUCUCUACAAAAUAACCGUAUUUAUAACCAUCUGCAGGAAACCCAAGAAUCAGUUCGCUAUACGCAAAAUGUGUUAUAAAUGUGUCAUGCUCUUUAAUCAAUAGCACGCCAAAGAUUACAAAUGUGACUGUAACCACCUUCAAAAUCCAAGGAUUCUGCUCCCGAUAAACUUACCUUUAUUACACCUUUGGAAUACGGCAAAAUUGGAGGCAUGCAGAAAAGUAUUUGAUUUGCUUCAGGCAUAAAAAAAAACCUGAUCAAUCGCUAGGCUUAUAUCUGCCCUUUGAAGAAUACAGAGAAUUUACAAUAAAUUUCAAAGACGGUCGCUUAUACCGUUAUACCGUUCUGCGAUCAAACGAUUCAUUUCACCUUAAUCAAAGCAUCAUACUAGUCUUUCUGUAUCACUUACAUAGUUGGGCAUACGUACCCUUUAAUUUGGACGUGCGUGUUCCAAGGAGAAAAAGAUAUAUCAAGAAAAGUACCAUCAGAUUCCAAAGAAGGACUUUCAUAAGCAAUAAUCAUAAUUGAGUGCGUGUACAGAAUCUUCAAUUUGGUGACAUAUUGCAAGGAGAGAAGACGUUAUCGGGGGCGGAACUGUUGGACUCCUUAGAUGAACCGUUAUAAGCGUUAUCUAAUAUCAAGUAUGGUGGUAUAACAAGUCUUACUGUAGUUACCUGUGACUACCAUACUUGUAAUGCUACAAGUAAUCAAAACAUUCAUAUAGGUCCUAAUUUGCCAUUUAUAAUUUUCCAAUUUUGAUAUAUUUUAAAUGUAUCAGUUGUACAUACCUUGAAUACAUAGGAAUAUUCCAAUGCUGGCCAGUCCCAUCAUCGGGUGGAUAGUCCUCCUUCGUUAGACGUUUCGGCGCUUAUCCACGACUUCCUCCAGAGGUGCGCCGAUUGGGUUGAUCAGACCCAGCCAGGGACUGGUCGGCUCUCUCUGCUGCUGGUUGGAAUUGCAGCCUGCUGCCAUGUUGUUGCUGCAGCCUCCUGCAUCAUCCAUCGAGUCUUGUGAUGUCCCGUGUUGCAAUAGGGGCACUUGUACUCUCGAGGGCGUCCUCGAUACUUCAGGGUUUACGCUCACUUUCGCUCUCUGCACUCAUGGAAUAUGUCAUAGCAUAUUUGAAAGCACUCGGCUAGCUACUUGAUUGAUCUCGGGUUAAAACACCUGACCAAUCGCUAGGCUGAUGCCUGUCCUUCGAAGAUCACAGAGGAGCGACACCCGACUUAAAGUCAUUCAAUUUUACCGUUGCGCAACCGCGAGAUUCUUUUGAAGUACAUCAAGGAUCAUAAUAGUCUUCUCGUUUCAUCCACAAAGUGGUUCAUACUGAGCCUUCAAUUUUGUUAUGACAUAUUCCAGAGGUGCAGAGAGCGAUAGUGAGCGUAACUCAUCGAAUAUCGAGGGUGUAUGGAGGCUGCUUAAGUCCCUACACGAUCCAUACAUUAUUUUGUAAGUAAGUGGUGGGAGUGUGUCACAGUUGUUUAAAUUGCUGGUAUUUAUCGCUAUACGAUCUGGAACCGUACAUAUCGAGUUUGAGGCCGCAGGGCAAAAACUGUCUUCCGUCGUAAUAAGUGUUUUUCUAUCUAUAAUGUUACAAAUAAACAAGCACAUUGUAUCAAUGUUUUGAUCCAAAUGUUGCAGAUAUAUGAUCUACAUAGUGUAAGUACAGACCCUGGACCGUUUUUCUUUACCAAAAGUGCGUUGCGUUUCCGUUGCGUUUCCGUUGAGUUUGCGUUGCGUU